AUGGCAACUCUGGACGAGGUAUUACCCUGCAGCAAAGACGAGCCACGCAUACGUGGUCUUGGUCACGGCCAAAGCAAACGUGAGGCAGCGGCUAACGCCUACCUUCACUUCAUUUACCAGAUGCAAGAGCUUGAUAUCCUGAAGGACUACCUUCAGGGCGGCGUAAAUGUUGUGGAUCCUAAGAAUCGGGACCAGAAUAACGAUGCUUUGCUGGAUGUCGCAAACUUCUUCGCUCGUUUCGACAGAGUGCCUAAACUGGAAACCGUGAAGGUUGAUACUAGGGAAGGAAAGCCGUGGAGUUGCACGCUCGAGCUACCUGAGCAAAAUAUCUGGGUUAGAGCUGUUGCUGAGAAAGCAAGCAAGGCUCAAAACGAUGCUUGUAUUAAGUUCAAGCGUGCAGCUGAACUGUGGCAUGCUCGAAAUGACGGUGAUGAAACGUUUGUCGUCAAAGACAUGUCACAUCCCUCUGCAGACACCGCAGGUGAUUUCCUUCGUUUUGCCUAUCGCCAGAGCGGUGGCGCGCCAAGUUUUGAUCUCCAACCCUCAAAAGUUGGUGUUACUGCAACUGUGAAAGACUCAUCUGGCGAAGUCCUCGGAUCUGCUUUUCAUAACAAAAAGCAAAUAGCAACUGAUCUUGCGCAGCUAUAUGCAGCAGUGUACUUGAAACAGAAGCACCCGCAAUAUUGGUCUGAGUUUAUCGUCAAGCUCGCUGAAGGAAAUGGUGAAGUGUUGUUGCCCAUUACCCCAGCGGAUAUGUCGAUCACCGACGAAGCCUGGCAUGCCAUGCAGAGAACUCUUCAGCAUGCGAGAUCUCUUGAGGCACGUGUGCAAUCUUUGCUUGACUCGUCCAGUCAGGAUCCUGAUAUAGGCCUAGACGGUACCAGAAGGAGACGAACUAAGCUUCUUCCUCGUGAGCAAUAUGCUUCAAAGUCCAAGUUCCUUCUUAACCGUCUGCAGGAAUUCGAGAAGGAUCCCAAAUACGAGGAACUCCGUCGCAAGAAGGCCGAGCUGCCGAUGUGCCAGAACAAGGAGGACGUCACCAAGAUCGUCCGCGAGAACUCUGCCUCUGUCGUGAUCGGUGCUACAGGUUCGGGAAAGACGACGCAGUUGCCUCAGCUCGUGCUUGACGAGUAUAUUCUCAAGGGAAGGGGAGCUGAAUGUAACAUCAUCUGUACGCAACCUCGGCGUAUCGCCGCCACCAGUGUCGCCGAACGUGUUGCAGUUGAACGUGGCGAAACUCUGGGACAAUCCGUCGGUUACCGUGUGCGUUUCAAGAAUGUUCCCGCGACGCACGGCGGUAGCAUCACCUACUGUACCACCGGUACCUUGUUGACUCAGCUUCAAUUCAGCGCCGACGAAACCCUUCAGGGUAUCUCGCAUAUCAUGAUUGACGAGGUCCACGAACGUGACAUCCAGAUCGAUUUCUUACUUGUUGUGCUCAAGCGUAUUACCAGAGCACGCAAAGCUGCCGGGAAAGACCCGAUCAAGAUCGUGCUUAUGUCUGCGACGAUUGAUCCAAAGCUCUUCUGCAAAUACUUUGGCGAGGAUUUCGAGUCGGGUGAAUGUCCGUCUAUCUCGAUUCCGGGACGUACGUUCCCUGUCACUCACCAUUACCUCGAAGAGCUUGAUGAGAGUAAGUAUCGCGUAUAUCUGCUUCACUCCGAAAUUCCUGAUGCGCAGGAGAAGGUCUUCGAGGAGGUGCCUCCUGACGUGAGGAAGAUUAUCCUGUCUACUAACGUCGCAGAGACCUCGAUAACUAUUCCAGACGUUGUGUACGUUCUGGACUCUGGUAAACAGCGUGAGAAGCAAUUUGAUCAAAUGUCGCGUCUCACUUCGUUGGCUUGCAACUGGGUGAGUAAGUCCAAUGCCCGUCAGCGUGCUGGACGUGCUGGUCGUGUGCAGAACGGUCACUAUUAUACACUCAUGUCUUCUGGUCGUUACGAGAAUAUGCCAACGCACCCGACACCUGAACUUCUACGAGUGGAUUUACAGGAACUUGCUCUGGAUAUCAAGUCGCUUGGUCUUGGCGAUGUCAAAUCUGUGCUCGAUGAAUGUAUUGAGUCACCACCGUCGUAUGCAGUCAAAGCUGCUUUGGAGCGCCUUACCUUUUUGCAGGCCCUUGACGAGGAUGAGAAUAUGACGCCUCUGGGUGUCAUGCUAUCGAAGCUUCCGGUCACGCCACAAAUCGGAAAAAUGGUCUUGCUCGGCACCAUUUUCCGAUGUCUGGACCCUAUGAUCGUUCUGGCAGCCUCUGAGGGCAAUCGGAACAUCUUCUUCAAGCCUGUUGGGACCACUUCACUACAGGCCCGCGCGGGUAAAGAGAAUAUAUGCCCCGGGCUAGCUUCGGAUCAUCUCGUUCUUGUUGAGGCUUUCCGUCGAGUGCGUCAGAUCAUACUGGAAAACGGGCCCGCAGCAGCCAGGGGCUGGGCCACAGCUAACAAUAUCCGUUUCGGCACUGUCAUGACGGUCUUGCGUGCUGCCGACCAGAUUAACGACGUUCUGGUCUCAGCUGGUCUUGUCCCCCGCCAAACAUGGGUAGAGAAGAAGAAAUCCAUCGUCUUUGGACCCGAGGAAUUGAACAAGAAUUCGCGGAACAAUAGCCUCAUUCGCGCACUCAUAUAUGCAGGGUUAUAUCCCAACGUUGCCAUGGCAGUUACUGACAAGUUACUCCGUACGCAGCACGAGAAUAAGGCUAUCAUCGCUAUGAGUUCUACGAAUUCCUUUUACAAGCGUGAGAAUCUAACUCCAGGGUCCGUGUACUGCUUCUCGGGAAAGAACAGGCCUGAGGGAGGCGACAAGAAACAGGGGCCUGUCCUAUCAGACACAACGAGAAUAUCACCUUUGGCAGCCAUUCUCUUCGGAGGCAACAUCUCAGUCAGCAGGGCAGUCAUCAAAAUUGAUGAUUGGUUACCUUUCUAUCUCGGCAGCCGGGAGGCCAGACACUUGUUAGCCGACUUCUCAUCCGGUCUUGAUGCGUUCUUGAUGCGAACUUUCGACCGAAUCAAGCCCAACGGAAAUGUCCUCGGAGAGUCGGAUUCGCCCAGCAGGAAGCAAUUCGAACCCACCGAUGUGACUGGCAUGUUGAAUGCUGACCCCAGUCGUGAUGUUUGGGUUGACGGCCUGGUUAAUGCUCUGGAGAAGGCUGACUGGUCCUACGAUGACCUGUCAUAUGCUGGCCGGAGUAGCAGGUGGGGCUUGUGA